AUAACAUUGAAGAAUAAACAGUUUGCGAAUUUGCUAUUAACCAAAAUAGAAACAGAAAAGCAACAAAAGACAUAAAAGCUGUUUAAACAAUAUAAUAAAUCAUUUGUGAACAAAUUGCAAAACGAAAUAUAAACCCUUUUUGGUUUUUAAUAAUCUGAACAAUUGUACAGGAGAAAAUUAGGUGUGCUGAAUAUGUCAAGUAUGGAAUCUUCCGACACGCACAUUUCCGUGAAAAUAACCCCCACAAGUGCCCGCGAUAGCAAUACAACUUGCAAAGAUUCACCACUGAAAGAUUUUAAUUUGCACGAGUCGGACCUGACUUACUAUUGCAAAGAUUGUGAUUUCCAAACAGAUACAAUCCUUCUUUUCAGACAACACCUGGAAAAAUUUCAUACAAAGGUAAAUAAGGUCGAAAGAGUUUCAUAUAAUUGUCCGAAGUGUUCAUACAAAAGUAAACAAAAAGGAACUUUACGAAGGCACGUCAUUGCCAGGCAUUCAAAUGGAAAAGACAUCAAAUGGUACCAAUGUGACGACUGCCCGUACAAAACUAAUGAAAAAGCUGCUUUAAAUAAACACAUUAUAGCCCGACAUCUGGAUGAGCGUGACAUCAACUGGUAUGAAUGUGAAAAGUGUCCCUAUAAAGCCAAAGACAGUUCUUCGCUAAAAAGACACGUUAACGUACGGCAUUUAGACGAAAAAGAUAUCAAGUGGUAUGAAUGCAAACAUUGUUCGUACAGAGCUAAACAGAAUUCUGAUUUGAAAAAACACAUAAAUGCACAUCAUUUGGAUGGAGAGGAAGUCACGUGGUACAAAUGUGAAGCUUGUCCAUAUAAAACCAAACAUCAGCCUAAUUUAAAACAGCACGAAAAGGCGCGACAUUUAGAAGAAAGCGAUAUUGAAUGGUAUGAAUGUGAAGAGUGCCCAUACAAAGCCAAACAAAAAAUUCAUUUAAAGAAUCACAUUAAUGCACAUCACUUGAAUGACGAGGAAAUUAAAUGGUAUUCGUGCAAAAAGUGCGCAUACAAAGCCAAGAAAGAAUCGAACCUAAAAAGGCAUAUAAAUGCGCAGCAUCAGGAAACGCAAGAUAUUAAGUGGUAUAAGUGUGAAAAGUGUCCCUUCAAAGCUAAGCAAAAUGUUUACUUAAGAAAACACUUGCGUAGGCGUCAUUUAGAUGAAGAAGAUGUUAUUUAGUUGAAAUGCAUCUUUUGUUUAUAAUUGUAGUUUUUAUCUUUUGGUGACAUCAUUGUAUUCGAACUUGUUGAGAUAUAAGGAUUAAAUAUACUAGAUUUUGUAUUAGAA